ACCCCAAAAAAAAACAAAACAACUGGAAGGAAAAUUCUUGGUAAAAUCAAUCUUUUCCAACCAUUUUUUCAAAUUUGUGGAUAUGUAUAAUCCAACAAGGGAAGACUUUUCAAGUCUCUUUUGAUACAUUGUACCGCAGGAUUAAUAUAAUUGAUCAUUGUGAGAAAUGAGUAAGCUAAGCUGUUGAGGAGGAGGGAUUCAAAUUCAAUGGCCAUUAAAACAUGUUCAAAUUCUUCAUCAUCUUCAUUGCCUAAAUAUGAUGUAUUUCUCAGUUUCAGAGGUGAAGACACUCGCACAAGUUUCACAGACUACUUGUUCCGUACUUUGAAACGUGGAGGAAUUGAUAUCUUCAGGGAUGAAGAAGAUCUUGAAAGAGGAACAGACAUUUCUCCAGCACUUUUACAAGCAAUAAGAGAAUCAAGAUUCGCAGUAGUGGUUCUUUCGGAGAAUUAUUCUUCUUCGAGUUGGUGUUUGGACGAACUUGUUGAGAUUGUUGAGUGCAAGAAAGAGUUGGGACUCACUGUUCUUCCUGUUUUCUAUCAUGUUGAACCAACGGAGGUAAAGAACCAAACAGGGAAUUUCGGAAAAGCUUUCGCCGAAGCUUCUCAACGCUAUACUGGGAAGGUGAACAAAUGGAGAGAUGCUUUGAUGGAAGUAGCCACCAUCUCGGGAUGGAAUGUUAGAAACAGGCCUGAGACAGAGGUCAUUGAUGAAAUUGCCAAAGUGAUUUCGAAAAUUAUAAAUCAAUUCCCAAGCGGUAGCAAUGACUUGGUUGGAAUGGCUUCGCGUUUAAAGAAAAUUGAUUUGUUAUUGGAAAUUGGGUUGGAUGAUGUUCGAACCAUAGGGAUCUGGGGUAUGGGAGGAGUUGGUAAAACCACUAUAGCUCAAGAAGUUUACAAAAUAAGUUUCAACAAAUUUGAAGCUCAUGCUUUCGUACCUAAUGUAAGAGAGGGAAUAAAAAAAAGUAGUUUACUUCACUUGCAAAAGCUUCUUUGUAAAGACUUGCUAGGUAGCGAAGUAGACAUAAAGAAUGUUGAAGUGGGAAAAAAUGUUUUAAAGAACAGGUUACAUUGUAGAAGGGUGCUUAUCAUUUUAGACGAUGUUGAUGAGUUGGAACAGCUAGAAUGUUUAGUGGGAAAUGCUGAAGAACAACAUGAUUGGUUAGGUCCAGGGAGUAGAGUCCUUGUGACUACUCAAGAUAAGCACUUGUUGAGGACAUAUGGAGAGAACUGCAUAUAUGAGGUUGAUAAACUAACCUAUGAUGAAGGUCUUCAACUCUUUUGUCAGAAAGCCUUCAAGAAAACCCACCCUUUAAAUGGUUUUGUAAGGUUGUCCAAUGACUUCGUAGAAUAUGCUAAUGGCCAUCCUUUAGCACUUAAGAUUAUGGGUUCCUCCUUAUUUGGGAGAAGGGCAAAGGCAUGGUCAGACACACUAGAGAAGAUGAAGGACAAUCCUAACCAAGACAUUUUUCGUGCGCUUCGUGUAACUUACGAUGGAUUAGAUGAAAAGGAGAAAAAAAUAUUUUUGGACAUAGCAUGUUUCUUCAAAGGAGAAGAUGAACAUCGUGUCAACAAGAUUCUAGAAAGUUGUGAAUUUAACCCUUAUAUUGGCAUAGAAGUGCUCAUGGACAAGUCUCUUGUAACAAAGCUAGGAAACAAGCUGUGGAUGCAUGAUUUAUUACAAGAAUUUGGUCGAAACAUUGUACGUCAAGAAUCCCCUGAGGAUCCCGGUGAGCGCAGCAGGCUGUGGUUUCACAAAGAUGUCUAUGAUGUACUUGUGAAUAAUAAGGGAACAAAAGUUGUUGAAGGCAUAUUCCUCAGUUUAUCUAACAAUGAAGAGUUACACUUGGAUGUUAAGUUGAACUUAAGGAUGGAAAAAUUACGAUUGCUGAAGUUACGAAAUGUGCACAUUCCUUACUGUCAAGUAUAUCUUUCCAACAAUAUACGGCUUUUGGAAUGGCAUGGAUAUCCGCAAGACUCUAUGCCGCUAGAUGUUCCUCCACAUAAACUUGUUGAGCUAGACAUGUCUAGCAGCCGCAUUAAACAAAUGUGGAUGGAAACAACACUUCCUUUGGAAAAGUUAAUAUUGAUCAAUCUUAGUAACUGUGAGUACUUGAACCAAAGCCCUGACUUCAGUAGUGUCCCCAAUCUUGAAAGGCUGAUUCUUGAAGGCUGCCAAGCAUUGUCAGAGGUACACCCAGCAAUUGGAGAUCUCGAACAUCUUGCCUUGUUGAACUUGAAAGACUGCAAAUCUCUCAAGAGACUUUCUCAAGGCAUCAACUUGAAAUCUCUCAAAACUUUGAUUCUUUCAGGAUGCACAAAAUUCAACAAGUUUCCAGAGAUCAGAGGAAAUAUGGAUCAUUUGUCACAACUUUAUUUGGAUGGAACUGCUAUAAAGGAGCUGCCAAUAUCAAUGCAAUGCUUAACUGGCUGCUUGCAAAUUCAACAACUUCCAGAAAACCUUGAGAACUUGGAACAAUUGGAGAAACUUGAUGCCUGUAGAACUGCUAUAAGAGAAGCACCUUCAUCCAUUCUUCUUCUGAAGAACCUCAAAACACUCUGUUUUGGCCAUCCUAGCAGGUAUGGAUCAUGGAAAGAUCUCUUUCAUGGUAUUCUACCUGUCAAUUUUCAGUUGCCAAAUACAUUCUCUGGUUUAAGCUCUUUGACAUCAUUGAAUCUAAGUCAAUGCAAUAUACAUGCACUCCCUGAUGAUAUUCAUCAUUUGUCCUCACUCCAAUGCUUAGAUUUGAGUAAGAACAAUUUGGUAAGCUUACCCGAAGCCAUCUCUCAGCUUUCAAAACUUAAAUUAGUUCGUUUGAAUAAGUGUAGAAAGCUACAGUCAUUGCCAAAAUUUCCACAAAGUAUACAAUAUGUCCAAGCAUAUGGUUGUCCUAAGUUGAAUGAUCAAUCGACAAUAUGGGCAUCAAAUAAUGGAUUCAAUUUCAUUGAUGCUCGUAAAGCACUUAAAACUCGGGGAACAUUCCACCAUCUUCCGCUACCUGAAGAAUUUAUUCCUGCAAUAUUUGACAAACUUAUUGAGGAAAUUAUCAAUGAUGGAAUGAACUUCGAAAUCUGUUUUCCUUGUACAAGAAUUCCAAAAUGGAUUAGUGAUAAGGGGAUUAGUGAAUCUUCUUCUACAAGCAUUGAUGUGCCUCGUCGAGACUCUAGACGAACGUGGAUGGGAUUUGUAUUGUUUGUUGUUUUCGUAUUCAAGGAACAAAAAAACUUUGAUGAAGGUUGGUAUUUAAAAGAGACUAUCUGUAAUUUUUCCAUGGGUGACUAUUGUCUUGGACGCCCUGUCAUAGAAAGCUUAAAAAAUUUUGGAGUUGGAUCAUAUGGUGUUUGUAUCUAUGUUCCACAAACACACAGGAUGUGUGAGAAGCAAUUGAACUACGCAACUAAGAUUAAAGCUUCAGUUUCAACAGACAGACCGGAUUUGAAGGUAAAAAUGUGUGCAAUGCAUGUAAUAUAUGGAAAUGAUGUGGAAAAGUUUGCUCAACAUAUAGUUCAGGAAGCUAAGGAGCACCAACAGUUUUCCUCUUUGGAACAUUAUAAGUAUUUGCUAAACGAGGCAAGAAUUGGAGAAAGAUCACUUGACAUCAGAAAACCUCUUCAACUCAAUAGAUAUUCCUUUCACACAUAUGAAUGCUUUACAACUUCUCAUCUGAGCUGCCAAGUGAAAAGAAAUCUGCAGAUCUUGCUUUCAAGAAUAUUCUUCAAGGGAUCAAGCUAUGCACGUAACCAGUCUAUGGUUUUUCAUUUUCAUGUGCGAGCAUAUAUAUCAAGUUGGUUAUUCCAUCAAAGUCUGGGAUGCAUUGUAGUUUGCUACAUUCCAAGAAACCUGUUUGAUGAUAAGUCAUGGGUAGGAUUUUGUAUCUAUGUUGGGCUCAAAAUGAAUCUAUCUGAUCUGCACAACAAUAAUUCGGAUUCAGAAGCCCAUGAACUUCUCUAUGUUGACUUGUAUUCUCAUGGAAAUACGGUAUCAUAUAUAAAAACAAUGUCUAGUUUACCAAUAUUUCUGAAGUCACAUCAAGUUGUUCUGUUUCAUGCACCACGAGUGCAUUUCAGAGAAGAGUUGAAUCAAUGUUGGGCAGUAAGUGCUUUGUCUCGGAACAAUAUCCCACAAGUUGAGGUUGAAAUAUGUGGGAUUCGAGUAAUAUAUGAGCAAGAUUUGGAAAAUGAAGCUGAAGUGAUAAUAGACUUGGGCUUACACGGUCCAGAUGAUGAACGUAAACAGCAAUUAACUCAAAGUUUGAGUGAACAGGUGGAAGGUUUGCUUGGUAAAGUUGAGUGUGGCAAGCACAAGAGAAGGAAAGAAGAAAUUAUGUCUAUCCAUUCUAGUUUCUCCUUUGAAAGGGAGUACGUACAUUUGCAGGCAAACAAAUGUUUGUUAAGUAUGGCUCAAAUGGUUGAGAAACAAGUCUUUAUUGCGUAUCAGCAAUUUUCUAUUCCGAGUGACCCAAUUACUCUCCACUCCAUGAAUAUUCCUUCUGAUCCUUCACAUCAAAUGAAUGCUUCAGUGUAUUCAAAUAUUGCCUUCACUCAUUUACAGAUAAUGGCAGAGACUCCAGUGUACACAAAUGAUUUGGAAAUGUGGAAAAGUAAUCUCGAGGAUUUACUUAAACAAUACUGCAACUCAAAAGUGUACAUUACUCUUAGUCUCAGAGGGCAUAUCAUUUCUGCUUGGAAGCCUUUUAUUCCUUCCACAACAUACAACUUGUGCUUCCCUCAAAAGGAAAUUCUGAGUUGGUUUAAACAACAUUACCAUGCUAGUUCGCAGAGGUUAGUAAUCAAGUUACCUGAAAAUCUGAGUACUGAUAUAAAUUGGAGGGGGCUUGCUGUAUGUGUUGCUUUUUCAGUAAACAGUGAUCAUCAAACUGCCAUUGAUGAGAUUGAGGACUCGGAUAGCUCUUUCGGAGUUCUGUGUCAUUUCAGUACAAAAGAACAAACUUGUUUGAAUUCUGCCACUUCGUUCUGCAUCAGUAAAGACAAAUUCAAGUGGUUGUAUAUAGGUGGGUUCAUUUGGCUAACUUAUGUACCCCAUUGGUUGUUGCUCGGAGAGUUGAAUGAGAAAAGAUCCUUGGAGGUUAGUAUCUACCAUGAGUGCACUGGAAUGAAAAUUCAGAACCUUGGCGCCGCUCUCUUGUACCAGCAAGAUGUGGAAGAAUUUAGACAGUCAAUAGCCCAAUGCAUGACGUUGUUUUUUAGCAAUUUGAAUGUCAUCCGGCUAUACAUUGCCAAUGAAAAUAAAGACCCAUCUCAGGAGGAUUGCAUGAAAACGGUGGAAGGCAGCAAACAAGAAAAUCUGACACAGCUAACUUUGUCAGAAAAAACUAGACUAGAAUUUGAUCGAGAUACCACCUACAACUUAUGUUUACCUCCUACGAAUAUUCUAGAGUGGUUCCAUCAUCAAAGUAGUGGCCCUUCGGUGACAAUGCAGCUAGCAUCAGAUGGAGAUACUGAUGGUAAUUGGACAGGAUUAGUUUUCUGUGCAUACUUUUCACAGCUCCAGCAUCUAACUACCUUCCCUGACGGUUUCGAUCUGAAAGUUCCUCAUAACCUCAUUUGCCACAUGGAAACUGAAAGGGCUGGUAUGGAUCUGCAUCACUACCAAAUAACCAAUGAGGAGUUCAAGAAGUUUUGUGGUGAAGAAUUUAUAUGGCUCUCCUAUGUUCCACGUCCUUGGGAUUCAUAUCAGUUGGAUCACAGCACUUCCAUUGAAGCUUCUUUUGCAAGUGAUAGACCAGGAUGGUUGGUUCUUAAGUGUGGUGUUCGUCUUUUAUACCGGCACGAUGAGGAAGAAUUUAAGCAUAAAUUGCAUAACCGUGUUGUCCGAGAAUCAAGAUUUAGUCCCUCAACAAGAAAAGAAAGGAAGGAUACAGCAACCUCAAGCCAAAGGACUAAGGAUACAUAAGAUAAAAGGUUUGACAAAUGUAAUUGCUUGUGAUGAAUUGGGAGGUGAUUACUUCUCAAGUUGAUUGGCUGAAACCUGGAGUUCCUUAGUCUGCUGAUUUUCUUCCUUUUCAUGUUUCAUCUUGAUUAAAUGAGGACCUGACUCUUUCAUGGUAUAACUUUAAACUCUUGCUGGUAUAACUUAUAAAACUAUUCUUGUUGUUUUUCUCUGUAAACCUAAUGAUCCCAGUGAUUAAUUCUGGCUGAACUACAACUGCACUUUGAGUCUUAAAACAAUCCACUUAAAAUGAGCUCUUUUAACCAAAAGCUUAGUAACAAAGGCCAAUACUGCUUUGAUCUCCUGAAUAUUGCAUUACUAGGAAGCUAAGGGUUCAUACUCAUAGUUAUCUUCAGAAGCAAGCACCAAACUACAAUUCCGGAGAAAAAAAGAUCCAGCAAUUGUAUAAC